UUCUGCUGGCCUUUUCUCCCACCCGCGCCAGCGCCCAUCCGCCCACGCCCGCACGGCCGCACGGCACCUCCCUCCGCCGCCCCCAUCCUCCUUCCGCCCGUGAGCAGCAGGCGAGCCCAAGAAACUGCAGUAGACGGCAGGCACCCACGCAAAUCAAACGUGCUCACCUUCGCGAGUCGUCGUCACUCCUGCGUCCGGCCAUCGGUCACCUCCGCCGCCCUUGACUUCGCCGGAUCGACGCCGUACGCCUUAAAUCGAGCCGUCUCUGAGCAGAUCGACACGGUGCGUAGCCAUUCGUCUCCGACCAAAUCGACGUCCUGCGCUGCAGAUUGACCCAUCUCCGCGCCCACAUCCCCUUGUGCCUGCUGAGGAGCGCCGCCGUUACGCCCUUCCCGUGCUGACAUCAUCGAUAAACCUGAUGGCUAUCGCGGAGAGCUGUGUUGAUGCGGUGGUUAUGGAGAUGGUGGCUGUCUACUGCGGUGGCCUCUACGCCGCCAAGCCUGAGCUUGCUGCCCGCCGCAUUGAGGCCAUCGGCUUCCAGGUCGGGCACCAGCUCUCUGAGAGAUAUACCAUGGAGCGCCCUCGAUUUAGUGAUCAUCUUGAAGCAAUCAAAUUUAUCUGCAAAGACUUUUGGUCGGAGCUGUUCAAGAAACAGAUUGACAAUCUGAAAACAAAUCAUAGGGGUACCUUUGUCCUUCAAGAUAACCGUUUUCGGUGGCUUACUCGUGUUUCUCUAGAUCCAUAUACAGAGAACACAGACUCAACUGAAAAUGAUUCUGCAGCAUUGGGUGAUACUGCAGCCCAAACAACAACCAUGCUUCUGUAUUUCCCAUGCGGGUUGAUAAGAGGUGCCUUGACCAACUUAGGAAUUCCGUGUUCUGUCUCUGCUGACAUGUCAAACCUUCCAGCAUGUUCGUUCGUGGUGCGCAUAAAGACAUGAACUGUGAGAAAUGAUACAAGUACAGUAUGAAGAUCUGACAGUACCUGCUUGUGGUUCAAGCGGGUUGAACAUUGAAAACAACAGAGUUUGGGCAUGCAUUAGAUGUAUCGUGGUACUGCAUUUUAGCCUGGGAAAUACGCUGUGGAGCUGUUGAUUUCUGUUUACUUUUCCUCCAGCAAUUACCUCAUUUCACUAUCUCAAAAUUAUUUUCCCACCUUCUAUUCAUGACCAUAUUUCCAGAGUUAGGUUUGUUAUUACUGCACUGUAGGUAGCCACCACUGGCACCAUUGUGAGAGAUAACUAUGGUUGUUGGUUGUAUUAGGUUGUAUCCCUGUGGCCUGUGUUUGGUUACCUGGCUUUAUGAGCUAGAACUCUUCUUAAAGCAUGUUUCUUGCCAUGGUUCGUGGGCUAGCACUCUAACUAAUAAAGCAUGAUUGUUGCCAUGGCUU